AUGCCACAGCAUCACUGUGACCAUGAGUGCAAUGGCCACAGCUCCCUGAACGAUUCCGAAGAUCUGGGCGUGCUGUACAGCCUCUUUUCGAAGAUUGACCUGGGAAAACUCGAGUGUCUCAAUGAGGCAGAAGAAGGCUCGGGAAAGACGGUGUUCAAGCCUUGGGAAGAACGCAUGGACAUGGAAAAGUUUGUUGAAAGCGAUUGCGACGAGGAGCUGCUCUUCAAGAUUCCGUUUACUGGCAACGUCAAGCUGAAAGGCCUUAUCAUCAUUGGCGGCGAGGAUGAAACUUGUCCAAAGCACAUCAAAAUAUACAAGAACCGACCUGACAUGAGCUUUGACGAUUGCGUCGCCGAGGCUGACCAGGAGUUUGAGAUCAUGCAGGACAGCACCGGAACUUUGGAGUACCCUCUCAAGAUAGUCAAAUUUUCCAGCGUCUUUCAUCUUACAAUUCAUAUUCCAAAGAACUACGGCGCCGAAACUUCAAAAGUGUACUACAUCGGCCUUCGAGGUGAAUUCACGCCGACUAAUCGCGACGCUAUACUCAUCGCCAACUACGAGCUGGCUCCUAACCCGGCUGAAUGCAAGCAGGGCAUCGAGGAGACAAUGACCCACCAGAUCCACUAA